UAUUGAUUGCUGUGUUAAUUUUGAUUGAUUUAUCAGCUUGUUAUUUGUUUUAAUUACUUUAUUUUUUAUCUUGUUCCGUGUAAUCAGUUUAUCAUUUGAAAAAUGCUAGCCCUUAUGAAUAACUGUUCAGAGUCUGAAAGUUUUGAGAUUAUCUCCUUGCGAUGAAAAUCCAUGCAUUUUUAUUCUCAAACUACAUCUUAAUUUGUCCAUCAAAUCUAUCUCGCCUUAUUUAAUCAUUGCGAUUGAUUUAACUGAUAACUUAUUUGGCCUUACUCGAUUAUAACUGUGUUAAUUGUGCUUAUAAUUACUAUCAGCGAAUUGCUGUUGCAAUUUUUCUCUUUGUUUUUUUUUUGGUGUUUUUUGUGUCUCUUUUCAUGCCGUUUUUACGUUUCUAUAUCUUUCUUAAAUUUAUCCUUUCUUGAAUGUUAACUUAAUUACGCUGCUGCAAUUAUAUUGAAUCAAUAAAUCAAUCCUAGGUCAAUACUCGUUAACCAUCAACAAUAAUAAUCAGUGAUUCAUUGUGUGGUAAUCAAGCAAUUUUACUUGAAACUGAGAAAGAACCCUUAUGCCCCUGAAAAAAGCUGACUGGAAGAAGCCAAACCAUUUAUAAUUUGCUGUCUGAUUAGUUGGAGACCCUGAUAAUGUGAUGUGUUUUUUAGGGAAACAUCACUUUACCUUGAUUUUGCGUUGAACAAUUUCCUUGAACCUUUUCCCCUUCUCCCAUUGUUCAAUUGGUACGUUAACAAUUCUGGUCGUACAAAAUUACAUGGAGUUUUUAUUUCCCUGGGUCAACUUUGAUAAUCAAGUUCUAGCCCAAACUUUGAUUCCGGGUUCAACGAUCGAGCACUCAAAAAGUCUAAAUUAAUCUGAUUAGGCCUUGUAUAUGAAACUGAUUCUCUGGCGAACCAUCAAAUGCUACUGAAAGGGAAACCAAAGAUGAGAUCGACAUCCAAUUGGCAGUGUUAAACCAGUUAAAUAAUUGCUUCUAUUAAUGCCAAAAAUUGAAGCCUUAAACAAAGAUACGUUGAUCAUAUGAUGAAUUCAAGAAGCAUCGUCUUUGAUUGUAUUAAAAAAUCAGAGCAACAAUUUGUAGCUUUUCAACCGAUUGUUUUGCUGUCAAACAUUCAAAUGAAUAUGCGCUUAGCCACAAUUGACAACCAAAGCAAAACCAUCUUAAACUCAAAGCAACACCAGAAAAUCAGUUUUAAUUUUCUCAAUCAAAUGUGAUCAUUUCAGUCAUCGUUCAGUACAAUUGUUAAUAUUCAGUGUGUCAUGUGUAAAUCAAUUAAUGACUGUCUCAACUAGCUCCAGUGAAAUCCCGAGAAAGCAAAAUUAAUGAAAGCUGAACUGCAACAACAGCAACUACUUGAACCUAACCUGACCAUCUUUAACCCUUAGCCAAAUCAACCCAAUCUUUAACCAACAACAAAGGAAAAGAUGAUUCGAUGAUAUUAAUGUUUAUACGUUUUAACAUAAAGAUUGACCUGAAGUCACCUUAAGGUCAACAAUAAUCCUUAGCAAUUAAGGUCAACCAAUAAAGACCUAAUCACGAGCCUACCAACAUUACCAACGGAAAAGUACAAUUUUUGUUGUUUUGCAAACAAACAAAAAAAAGUGGCCAAAUCAAAGCAAUCAAAUUGUCAUCAAAUCAUCAUCUUGUGUCCAUUUUAAUCAGUGUUAACCAUUAUUACCAUCAUGUCAUCAACUGUAAAUAACCUAAACCAGUCUGGUUCAAAUGUAGACUCGGGUUAUGCUUGGGUUAUACCAUUUGCAUGUUGCUUUAUAAAUGCCAUAUUAUUUGGUAUCCACCGAAGUUAUUCAUUAUUCUUAUCUGAAGUUCUUGAAACUUAUCACGUUUCCCGAAGUGAUGCCACAUGGCCUUUCAGCCUUUGUAUGACCGUAAUUCACCUUUCAGGUCCUAUUUCGGGUGUUUUAAAUUCCCAUCUAGCAAUUAGGACAAUUGUUUUCAUUGGAUGUAUCUUUUCAACGAUUGGUGUUGCACUUUGCUAUUUUGCUACAUCAGUUUUGGAUAUUGUGAUAUUUGUUGGUAUCAUUCAAGGUUUUGGUAUUGGAAUAACAUAUGUUCAAAAUCCAGCAAUAAUUAAUGAAUAUUUUGUUAAAUAUCGGGGAUCAGCUCUUGGAAUUGCUCUUUCAGGAGGAACCCUUGGCACUUUUGCCAUAUCACCUUUAGCCCAAAAGAGUCUAGAAUAUCUUGGUUUACAUAAAUCAUUUCUUACUCUGGCUGUAUUAACGUUAUUAACUCUUCCAAUUAGUUUAACACUUCGUCCAAGAAUAUCAGCAUCUUCAUCAUCAUCGUCCUCAACAAAGGAGUCAUCAACUGUUUCAGAUAAAAAGGACAACCUGAAGAAAAUAUUUUCAAUAUCGCCAGUUUAUUUAACGCGUUUUGGCGACAAAUAUGUUAUUAAUAAUGACGUUAACCAAACAACAAAUAGUAAACCAAAAAGCAUUAAUUCCUUGACGGAGAAACAGCUAACAGCAAAUUACAAUCCUGACCAGGAUAGGUCAACUUUACAGUUAAUGUCUUACAAAUUUGUACAAAUGGCUUUAACAAUGGAGAGAAAGAUAUCAGUCAGCGAAGGUGUUGUUUUACCAACAAUCCGUAAAUUAUCUGAAACCGCCAAAAGAUCUCAAGUUAAACGACAAUUAGUUAGAAUCGUGUCCAUAUUAACAAAUCCAUAUUUCGCCCUUAUUUGUUCAACCCAUCUUGCAUAUUUUUGGGGAGUGAUAACAUACACAAUGGUUAAUGUUGACCUCGCCGUGGACAAAGGUAUAACACGAAAUUAUGCUGUCCACUUGAUAACAACCUUUUCUGCUGGUGAUUUAGUUGGACGAUUAGGGUCAGGAUGGUUUAUGGACAACCGUUUAGUUCCUUUAAAGUAUCUUGCAAUGUUUAACAUUUUCACUAUAGGAGUCUUGUUGAAGUGUAUCCCACUGACCUCCAGUUAUCAUAUUUUAGCCACAAUAUCAACAGCACUGGGUUUUAUAUCAGGAAUAAUUGUAAAUAUGUUGAACAUCUUAUUCUGCAAAUAUCUUGGAACCGAAAAUUCACCAUUAGCUUUUGGGUUGAGUUCAUUCUUUUGUGGUUUAACAACUUUAGUACGUCCAAUGUUGGUUGGUUAUUACCGGGACGCUGCUUAUGGUUCCUACGAUGGUCUAUUCAAUUUAUUAAGUGUCUUAGGAUUUUUAGCAUCCGCUUUAUGGUUAACAGAGCCAUUUAUAAAUAGAUCUAAAUUAAAUAAACACAAUCAAAAUGAAACCGUUAAUGAUUACAACCCUUCAACAAUGACAACAUCAUCAGCAACCAUCACAUUAACACCAUCUAGCGACAAACUAAAACAGCCACAAACUGUUUAACCAGAUAAUCGCAUUUGUCUUCAUCACAAUUAAAUCAUUGCAAUGAAACCCACAAUUAAGUCGACCUCUCACAGAUUGAUGGAGUUUAAUUUAUUUUAAAAAUCCCUUGGAUUCAACCAUUCAUCAACUGAAUGCCUCCUAAUCAUGAACUGCGAUCAACUCUAAACAUCGAGUCUUCCUUUUCAAUUGUAAAACAAUGGAUCUGACUAAUUUAAUCUAAAUCCUGAAAUGUUUUUUUACUGUAAAACGAUUAUUUAAAUAAAAAAAUAACAAAUUAUCCAACGA